AUGUUCUGGAGGUUUGGCGGCUACGCCAACAUCUCGACCAUCGAUACCAUCCUCGACAAGCCCGACUUCACCCUCGAAGAGCUUCUCGAAGAGGCCGACCUGAUACAGGAGCUCAAGCAACACAACUCCAAGCUCAUUGAGUUCCUGCGCGAGGACAAGGUGCUCGAGAAGCUGCUUGAGUAUACCAUUGCUCCCAAGCUCGAGGCUGUUGAGGGCGCUGAGGAACCUGCCGACGAUGACAUCAAGACCAAGGGCCGCCUGCUGCCCUUCUCGCGCCCUCGCGCUUCUUCGCAAGCCACCGACUCCGGCGAAAACGACGAUGAGCUGGACAAGAAGCGCAAUCGCUAUGCUCACGUAGCCUGCGAGGUCCUGAGCUCCGACACAUGGUCCAUAUACGAGGCCCUCGUCGAGAACCGGCAGCUGAUCCGCGAGUUCUGGAACUUCCUCUCCCGGCCUGCGCCGCUCGACCCUCUGCAGGCGAGCUACUUUACAAAGGUCAACGAGUCGCUCUUCGAGAAGAAGACGGAUGAGAUGAUGGAACUGCUCUUCAGCUUGCCCAAUGUUAUCCCUGACAUGCUGAGGCACGUUGAAUGUCCUAUGAUUAUGGAUCUGCUGCUCAAGAUCAUCGCCCUUGAUCGCACGGAAGGCGGACAAGGCGUAGUCGAGUGGCUGUAUUCCAAGGAUAUCAUCCCGACUCUCCUCUCCUUCCUCGGCCCUGAGCACAGCUGGGUUGUGCAGACGGCCGCGAGCGACUUCAUCAAGGCCAUUAUAACCAUCUCCGCCAACGCCUCGCAGAAUGAGCAGCAGUGCAUCGGCCCCAACGAGCUCACUCGUCAGCUCGUUUCGAAACCCUGUGUCGAGCAGCUCAUUGGCUAUAUGCUUGGUGGCGGCAAUCCCUUGACUGUUGGCGUCGGCAUCGUCAUCGAGGUGAUUCGAAAGAAUAAUUCCGACUACGAUCCGGACGUUGGAACAGAAGCCAACACCUUGCCCUCUAGUCGGGACCCCAUCUACCUUGGUACUUUGCUGCGCCUAUUUGCCCAAAAUGUGCCCAACUUCAUGAACCUCAUUAUGAACGAGCCAUCCAAGAAGCAGAGUGUUGCCUCAACGUUCAAUGAGAAACUCGAGCCUCUCGGAUUCGACCGAUUCAAGACGUGCGAGCUCAUGGCGGAGCUGCUUCACUGCAGUAACAUGGGAUUGCUCAAUGAACCGGGCUCAGAGCAGCUGAUUGCGCACCGUGACUAUGAGCGCCAGCGCCUCCGAGCCGAGGGCAAGCUCUCGCCCCGGGACGAGGACGGAUCCGCCGAUGACUUGACGAUGCGCAUUCCCCAUCCCGCCCACCAGGAAGAGGUUCGCCGCCUGGAAGUCACGAAUGCCGAUGACGAUGGCUUCGAGGAGGUCGAGCCGACCAGCGAGAUGAAUGAAGACACCUCUCACGAGUUUGUCAAGGCCGAGGAUGACAUUGCCGCGCACUCGUCUUCAUCUUCUUUCCUCGAAAAGGACGAGGAAGAAUUCGUCGACGAGCCGCUGAGCUCUCCUCGGCUCGCAGUGGCCACGGCCAGUAUCAACGAGCAGCGCUUUGAAGAACCCGAUCUCGUUGUUGCGCCUCUUUCACCUACCAAGGCAAAGGCUGCCGACCUGGCACAAGCCCAAAUAGAGAACCCUACUACUGGUGAGGAGGCGGCCAACACUGCUGCAAAGGAGCACGAGUCCGAUUCGGCUUCGACUUCUCGUGGCCUAUCCCCCCAUCCUGAAGAUACCCCGGCCCCCCUCUUUUCAGCUCCUCUCGCCCCUGACUCUGGUGUUCAAGAGCCGCCUCGCGAUGGCUCAUUCACGCCACCCCAGGGCCCCGAACCCGCCCUUGCCGCGUCUGGAGAGAACCCUGGAGAAGCAGUCAGCGAUGUGGGAGAAACGGUUGUGGGUGACUACCUCAAAAUGCAGUUUGUCGAGUAUCGCGUGGUUCCAGCGAUAUUGUCCUUCUUUUUCGCAUACCCGUGGAACAACUUCCUCCACAACGUCGUAUACGAUAUCGUUCAGCAAGUGUUCAAUGGCCCGAUGGAUCGGGGCUACAACCCGACAUUGGCUGUAUCACUCUUCGAGGCUGCCGACAUCACCACCGCCAUCAUCAAGGGCCAGCAGGCUAGUGACGAAUCUCAGGCCAAGACGAAGACGCGCAUGGGAUACAUGGGGCACCUCACGCUCAUUGCCGAGGAAGUUGUCAAGUUCACCGAGCGCCACCCCCCGGAGCUCCUGUCAGAGACGGUCCUAGACAAGGUUAUGAGCCAAGACUGGAUCAAUUAUGUGGAGGGCGCUCUUGCGGAAACGAGAGAGCGAGAUAACGCAAUUCUCGGCGGCGUCCGACCUGAGGUGGCUAUGGGACACCGAGUCAGCCUAGGUGGCAGUGGCGCAUCCAACGCCCUGGCAGAAGCUGGCCUCAAUGGCGGCAUGGAGAUGAAUGAAGGAGACGGAAACGGAGGCGGUCCCUUUGCCAUCAGCGCGGGCACUCUAAUGUCUGGAUUCGGGAGUAGCAGCGACGAAGACGACGAUGAGGGCGAUGGUGACGAAGAGGAUGUGAAUUCUGAGGGAUCAAUGGCUCCGCCGUCCAUCCCACCUCCUCCACCGCCGCCGCCGCCGCUGAACAUUCCGCCUUCUAGAGCCCGGCUGCAGCUCGCGGCACGGCUGGCG